GAAGAGGGGGCUGGCCUGCGCCUGACAGCCUGGAGAUCCCGGACCUGGGGGGGGGUCCUGUGAUCGACCUAUGAUCGGCUGUGAUCCGGGUUGCUGUGCAGCAUGUCGGGCAGCAGGCUAAUGAGGGCCAUCAGAGUGAGCGAGUUCGGACCUCCGUCAGUGCUGAAGCUGUGCGCGGACGUGGAGGUCCCUCAGCCCGGACACCGACAGGUGUUGAUCCGUGUCCGGGCCUGUGGCGUGAACCCCGUGGAGACCUACAUCCGCUCAGGGACUCACGGCCGGAGGCCCAACCUGCCGUACACGCCCGGUACCGACGUAGCCGGGGUGGUUGAGUCUGUGGGAGAGGAAGUCACCGCAGUAACGGCUGGGGAUCGUGUGUUCACCACGUCCACGGUGUCUGGAGGAUAUGCAGAGUACACCGUCGCCGCUGACGACUGCGUUCACAAGCUGCCUGAAGCUCUCGACUUCCCCCAGGGAGCAGCCAUCGGCAUUCCCUACUUCACCGCCUACAGAGCACUUAUUCACAAAGCUCAGACCAAAGCAGGAGAAACGGUGCUCAUCCAUGGUGCCAGUGGAGGGGUGGGUGUGGCGGCGUGCCAGUUGUCCCGGGCUCUGGGCUUCAGGAUUUUGGGUACAGUAGGGACAUCAGAAGGCAUGAAGGUGGCCCUCACCAACGGAGCUCACCUGGUGUUCAACCACAGGGAGGAGGGAUACACCGACAAAAUCAUGGAGGCGACCGGGGGCCGGGGGGUGGAUGUGAUCGUGGAGAUGCUGUCCAACGUCAACCUCAGCGCAGACCUGCAGAUGCUGGCCUACGGAGGACGCGUGACGGUGGUCGGCUCCAGAGGCUCCAUAGAGAUCAACCCCAGAGACACCAUGGCCAAAGAGAGCAGCAUCAUGGGAGUGGCGGUUUUCUUCGCUACACCGGCGGAGAAGAGGGAGUGUGCGGCGCUGCUUUACGCUGGGAUGAAAGCCGGUUGGCUGCGCCCCGUUGUGGGUCCCCUGUAUCCACUGGACAAGGCCGCCGAGGCCCACCACGACAUCGUGGAGUCUCCCGGCGCUGCAGGGAAGAUGGUCCUGACCAUGUGAUGACAUCAGUAACGGGUUUCCAGCUGAGCGCCAAACACAUCCUCUCCAUCCAGUCAACCUCACAGAUGUCGGCUGUAAACCACUACAGUACCCUACAAAGCCGUGUUUGCUUUGUCUGGGUGUUGACGACAGCUGUUAUUUUGAUUUUAGACUAACAGAGAGCUAUUAUGAACUCUCUUUUUUUUAAAUCUGAUAUCUUAAUGAAAUGCAAAUGAUAUGUUUUAAUGAAGAUAUGAUAGUUGUUGCUCACAAUGGCAACCAGUUCCCAGCCGUUACCGUGACAAUUGAAACUGAUGUUUUGAAUCUGUGUUGUGCCUGAGAAGCGCAGACGUUUUGAAAUACAACUCCAAAGCGUAGUCCAGGUCAGCGGUGUCGCAUGACGGAGGCUCUGCUGCUUCCAGGGACGCAGCGUUGUGUAGGUGAAACACUUAGACGUGACAUCAGCUCAGGGUUUGAGAGAUUUUGACCAUGGGCUGAGGUUUUGAUGGCGACAGAUUGACGGUGCGGUAUUGAGUUUUAGAUUUGUGAUGAUGUGGAUUAUUGAUUAGAUUGUAUUUUUUGAGGUUGAUGAGAGACAGAUGGAUUACAAAAGUUGGGAACUCAGGGAUUGACAAACUCCCUGACCUGGACUGUCCCAGACAUGGCAGGAAAAGGACUUUGUCACAAGAAUAGAAAAAGGUUUUUUUAUGUCCCUGUUAAAAAAGCAUCAGUAUUUUUUAUUUCAAAAGCAUUUGUAUUGAUUGUGAAUGAAAAUAAAUGACUGUGAUCUAAAAACA